UCCCGGUAGCCGGGCUCUGCCAGCGACUGGGCGGGGAGGCGGAGGAUGGCAGUGAGCUUAUCGGCCAUUACCCUCUGUCUUGCCAGCCCCAGCAGCCCUGUGGUGGCCUCAACGAUGGACCCGGAGCCAGAGGGCCGUGUGGAGGGAGAAGUGUCAGCGUCGGGAGCUGCGGCCGCGGCGGCAUUAGGGGACGCGGCGCGGCAGAUGAGUAACGAGAGAGGCUUUGACAAUGUGGAACUCGGAGUCAUAGGAAAAAAGAAGAAAGUCCCAAGGAGGGUCAUCCACUUUGUCAGUGGUGAAACAAUGGAAGAAUACAGCACAGAUGAAGAUGAAGUUGAUGGCCUGGAGAAGAAAGAUGUUUUGCCAACUGUUGAUCCAGAAGAGGAGGAAGAGGAAGAAAACAGGAUGUCUGAAGAAGCAGAAAGACAGUAUCAGCAGAAUAAAAUGCAGACUGAUUCCACCGUUAAGACAGAUCAACCAGAAACAGUGGUAUCCAGUUCAUUUGUGAAUCUCAAUUUUGAAAUGGAGGGAGACACUGAAGUAAUUAUGGAAAGCAAACAAAAUCCAGUCUCUGUCCCACCGUAGAAUGAAAUAGAUUAUCAAACUUCAAACCGUAAAGUUUUUUUUUUAUACCAGGAACUUUCAUAUUCUCUAUAAAGUAGGACUUCAUAUAAUUAUUUAUGUUUUAAAUUAUUAAGUUAUCUGGAAAGGGAAAAUGUUUCUUCAGUCUUAGGCUAUAUCUAGCAAAAAAUAGCUCUGAAAUUUGGAUAUUUGUAUUGUUUUAUUGUUGAAUUAGUGCUUUGGUUUUAAAAUGAUUUUUUUUUAAAGUUAAAGACAUCCUAAAACCAUAAUCACCAAUUGAGAAGAGGUAAAUUAUCAAGCUUGUCUGUUAUUUGUGCAUCUGUUAACAAAAAACAAGGUAAGUUGCUGAUGAAGGCUAAUUAGACCAGAUCAUCUUAAUAGUCUCAGAUUAAAACGAGAAUUUUCCUCUUAUAUUUUCUCAUGUUAUGUUUUGAAUUUAUAUAUCUAGCCAUUAAUUUCACACUAAGGUUGUUUCACUGAGUAUGUAAUAUAAAGGAGCCUGGUACAUGGUACCAUGGUACAUACUUUGAAUUUUCUUUCACUGAGAAAAACAUUUUUCUGGAAGAGCGUUUGGGGGUUUAUAAUAUCAAAUAUCAAGAUGGGCUUCCAUUUUUAUACAAGUUACUUAAUAUUCUUUUUGUAGUUACAUUAAAUAACUAUCUUUGGACAUACUGUUAAAAACACUAGUUAUGGAAUGAAUUUAUUAAGUGUAUCUUUAUUCAGGUGGUUAUACCUAGUGGUUAUCUAUAUGGCAUUGUUUAUGUCACUCAUUCAACCUUUAAUGCCUCCUAUAGGCAAAGUAAUUUGGGGAGAAGUGAUUGGGAAGCAGGUGUAGAUUUAACCCAUCAGCAGGUGUUAAAUAGCACAUAUUGUACAAGGUGCAAUUGUAGCAUAAUGAAUUUACCUGUCAUUUACCAUUUUGAAAUAGCAACAGUAAAGUGGACAAUUCACUUGAGCAGGUUGGCGAUUUUUCUACUCAGUUAUUUGCAAACUUUACAGAAGUAAAUAAUAUAAAGCUAAUUUUUAAAAUAUUCCUAAAUGUGUAUACAGAACUUUUUUGAGAUUUCUGUAACUAACUUUGUAUUUCUAAAUAUCUUUGAUUUAUAACUAAUAUAGGUUAAAGAAGGAUAUGUGGAGUGUUUUAGACACUUUUUUCUAAAAGCCUUUUCACAAACUUCAAACAGCUUUUAGAAAUUAAUAGUUAUGUGAAUAGCCUUCCAAACAGCAUAAUGACUUCAAUCUUAAAUGUUGUUAGAAACUAACAAUGGGGCCUAUUAAGGAAAUCUGUUGUCAGUGAACAUGAACUAAGUUAUUUAACUGAAAGUUGAAGAAUACAGGUAGGAUAAUUAAACUCUUCAUUAGAAGUCUACAGUUAUGGGUAGUGCCUGUGGCUCAAAAGGGUAGGGCGCUGGUCCCUAUAUGCCAGAGGUGGUGGGUUCAAACCUAGCCCGGGCCAAAAAGUCUACAGUUACACCAUAACCAUAAAUACAUUUUUGGUGAUUGAGAAAGUGAUGGUAAUCUUUU